AACAAGAAGCACAGAAAGAGAAAAAGCUUUGUAAUUGAAAGACCAACAAGAUCAGAAAAAAUGGCUAAGGCUUAUUCAGCACGUGUCCUCACGUUUCUGAUAUUGAUCUCGUUAAUGGUGGUGGCACUGAAUCUUCUGUCAACGGUAGAAGCACAGAAUAAGAAAAAGCCGAGGAGAGGCGAUGUUCCUCUAGUGAAAGGUCUCUCAUGGAACUUUUACCAGAAAGCAUGUCCCAAAGUCGAAAAAAUCAUCAGAAAGGAGCUCAAGAAAGUCUUCAAGAGGGAUAUUGGUUUAGCCGCAGCCAUCCUCCGUAUACAUUUCCAUGACUGCUUCGUUCAGGGAUGUGAAGCAUCAGUGCUGCUAGCUGGAUCAGCGAGUGGACCAGGAGAACAAUCAUCGAUCCCGAAUCUGACACUACGUCAAGCCGCCUUUGUCGUCAUCAAUAACCUCCGUGCUAUCGUCCACAAGCGUUGCGGUCAAGUCGUCUCUUGCUCUGACAUCCUCGCUCUAGCCGCUCGUGACUCCGUCGUCCUUUCAGGAGGGCCAGACUAUGCUGUGCCACUUGGCCGACGAGACUCACUAGCGUUCGCAAGCCAGGACACGACGUUAGCUAACUUACCGCCACCAUUCGCUAACGCGAGCCAGCUCAUCACCGACUUUGAAAGUAGAAACCUCAACAUCACCGACUUAGUUGCGCUUUCCGGUGGUCACACCAUCGGAAUUGCGCAUUGUCCGUCUUUUACGGACCGGCUCUACCCGAACCAAGACCCAACCAUGAACAAGUUCUUCGCCAACAGCCUCAAACGCACGUGCCCCACAGCGAACUCAAGCAACACGCAAGUGAACGACAUAAGGAGCCCUGACGUGUUCGACAACAAGUACUAUGUUGAUCUCAUGAACCGACAAGGGCUUUUCACGUCCGACCAGGACCUGUUCGUGGACAAGAGGACACGUGGUAUUGUGGAGAGCUUUGCGAUCGAUGAGGAUCUGUUUUUUGAUCAUUUCACGGUGGCGAUGAUCAAGAUGGGUCAGAUGAGUGUCUUGACGGGGUCACAAGGAGAGAUUCGCUCAAACUGCUCAGCAAGAAACGUUGAUAGUUUCAUGUCUGUUUUGGAAGCAGGAAUAGUCGAGGAAGCUCUUUCCAUGAUCUAAAUAAAACCAUAUAAUCUCGACUCUUCUUUUCUUGAACUUUUUUUUUUUUUUUUUAGUUCGAGCACUUGUGGUUCGUGGAAUGCUUUAAGACUAUAUGAUAAAUAAGAGCGUUGCUUCAUCUUAA